AAUCAGUUUCUCAUUGCAGGGUGAGAGCUCUGAGUUCCGGUGUAAGAGAAAAGAGACGUGGCGAAAUUGCUGUAUAUCUCUGCCCUAUAAGCACAUCUCUCAUUUAGACUGAAGGGAAACAAGGCAUCAAAAAGGCUGCGCAAACCAUGCAGGAUGAUUUACUGAUGGACAAAAGCAAAGCCCAGCCCCAGCAGCAGCGGCAGCAGCAGCAGCAGCAAGAUCCAAACUCAGCAGAAGCCCCCUCUACGCCCAUCUCGUCAGAGACGCCCAAGCCAGAAGACAACAGCUCAGUGACUAGUAUCGGCACAUCGGCUCCUUCCCAAAAUAGCAAGGAGAAGAUGCAGAUGGAGUCUCCCAUUUUGCCUGGCUUGAGCUUUCACCAGCCUCAACAAGAACCUGCAGCCGGCACCUCCUUGUCUCCCUCCUUCGGCAGCACCUGGUCGACGGGGACCACAAACACGGUGGAUGAUAGCUUUUUCCAGGGGAUUACUCCGGUCAAUGGAACAAUGCUUUUCCAGAAUUUUCCACACCAUGUCAACCCUGUAUUUGGUGGCACUUUCUCUCCUCAAAUUGGCCUAGCUCAGACUCAACACCACCAACAUCAGCAGCAGCAGCAGCAAGCUCAGCAGCAGCAGCAGCAGCGGAGGUCUCCUGUGAGCCCUAAUCAGGCACCUUUUGCCCAGAGAAAUGCUGCUUACAGCCAUCAGCCCAUCAUGACCAGCAAACCGUCUUCCUCCUCUGCAUCCUCUUCUUCUUCCUCCAGCUGGAAUAACCAUCAAAAUGCAGCUUGGAGUACACCUUCCAACCCUUGGGGUGGGCUGCAGGCUGGUAGGGACCCUCGAAGGGCAGUUGGAGUGGGGGUCGGCGUGGGAGUGGGGGUCGGCGUACCCUCCCCCCUCAAUCCCAUUUCACCCCUUAAAAAACCAUUCUCCAGCAAUGUCAUUGCCCCUCCGAAGUUCCCACGGGCUGCACCCUUAACCCCCAAAUCCUGGAUGGAAGACAACGCGUUCAGGACGGACAAUGGCAACAAUCUGUUGCCUUUUCAGGACCGGAAUAGGCCCUAUGACACUUUUAACUUGCACUCUUUGGAAAAUUCCUUAAUGGAUAUGAUAAGGACUGAUCAUGAGCCUCUGAAAGGUAAACACUACCCUCCCAGUGGCCCACCAAUGAGUUUCGCUGAUAUAAUGUGGAGGAAUCAUUUUACAGGGCGUAUGGGAAUAAACUUCCAUCAUCCAGGAACGGAUAAUAUUAUGGCCCUUAACAGUCGGUCUUCACUCUUUCCUUUUGAAGAUGGCUUCCUAGACGACAGUCACGGUGAUCAGUCUUUAUCAUCGGGUCUCAGCUCUCCAACACGCUGUCAGAAUGGUGAAAGAGUGGAACGCUAUUCUAGAAAGGUGUUUGUUGGAGGUCUUCCUCCUGACAUCGAUGAAGAUGAGAUCACUGCCAGCUUUCGUAGGUUUGGACCUCUUGUGGUGGACUGGCCUCACAAAGCUGAAAGCAAGUCAUAUUUUCCACCUAAAGGUUAUGCCUUCCUGUUGUUCCAGGAAGAAAGCUCUGUACAAGCUCUGAUAGAUGCCUGUCUGGAAGAAGAUGGGAAACUUUACCUGUGUGUAUCAAGUCCCACAAUCAAGGAUAAACCAGUGCAAAUUCGACCUUGGAACCUAAGUGACAGUGACUUUGUGAUGGAUGGGUCUCAGCCUUUGGACCCAAGAAAAACUAUUUUUGUUGGAGGAGUUCCACGGCCCCUCCGAGCUGUUGAAUUGGCAAUGAUUAUGGACCGUUUAUACGGAGGUGUCUGCUAUGCUGGCAUUGAUACAGACCCAGAGUUGAAGUACCCAAAAGGUGCUGGCAGAGUGGCUUUCUCUAAUCAGCAGAGCUAUAUUGCUGCUAUCAGUGCUCGCUUUGUCCAGCUCCAACACAAUGACAUUGAUAAACGGGUGGAAGUGAAGCCAUAUGUGCUGGAUGAUCAGAUGUGUGACGAAUGCCAAGGCACUCGCUGUGGUGGAAAAUUUGCUCCGUUCUUUUGUGCCAAUGUUACCUGUUUGCAGUAUUACUGUGAAUACUGCUGGGCAAGCAUACACUCUCGUGCUGGGCGAGAGUUCCACAAACCACUGGUAAAGGAGGGAGGUGACCGACCCCGCCACGUGCCGUUCCGCUGGAGCUGAACCCCAGGCCUCCCCCAGCAACAAGUACUGGAGUAGAUAAAAUCGAGGGAAAAAGAGAGCGCUGCCUCAGGGCUUAGUGUUCUGGAAAUUUGUGCAUUCGUCCUCGACUUUAAUGAAGAUAUGGGUCUUUUUAUUACUAUUAUUAUUAUUUACAGUCACAUUACUGAACUCAGUGUCCAGUAUAAUACAAACCGGCAGAGUGUAACUGUACUGAUUUUGCACUUUGAUUCACACAAACAUCUGCUUGGUACCUUAAUUUCCUACACAAGACUUGUCACUAGUGACAUUAUGUAGACUGCCAUUCUCAUCAGCCUUCACUGGGUUGAUGUGUAUGUGAUGAAGAUUUUUUUAUUAUAAUUAUAGUUAUUUUUAUUUUUAAACUGGAGCAUGCACUUAUUUUCAGAAAUUUAGACUUGCCCCUAGCAGAUGACUUACCAAAGGUAAUAUUCACAAGUAGGUGGCAGAUGUAGCAAAAACUUAAACAGAUAUUCAGCAAUCGUUAGUUUGGGUCAUUUAGCAUAGUAAUAACCCUUAAAGAAAAUAAGCCUUUAGUUGCUCUCCAUUUUUGACUUGUAAGGAUGAUACCUCAUAAGCUGGAUCAGACUUUUUUUUUCUUUUGUUUUGCUGAGGGUUUUUCUUUCUUUUUUUUUUUUUUUUGUUAGUCUUUUAGUGUUAUGUAAAUGUAUGCUGCAAUAGCUUUUGCUGCUAUUAAAAUGGUAUUACUAAUACCAUAAUACUCUAUUCAGGCUAGGGUAUCAAUUAAAAAAUGAAUAUGUGAUUAAAAUAGUGAUGGCUGCUGAAAGGAGAUCAGUAUAGCAUACAGAAAAGCUUCCAAGGAAGGUCAAUAUUUUUUGACUGCAUGUUUACUUAAUCAGGUUGCUGCAUGCAAUAAAUUUUAUAUAUGUCUAAUAUAAAACCUGCCCACAAUGCACAAAUUACGAGUCUACUUAGGUGACAAAAUAUUGAGUAACAAAGAAAAAGAAAAAAAUGGAUUACUGACUGGAGGAAGGCAUGCCUCAGUAAAUGUAAUGCUUCUGAAAUUAGGAUCAGCCCAUUACAGAAUGACCUAUACUACAACAAAUAUAAAAACUAGCUGUAGGAUAUUCAUAAAACAAAUUUGUGGAUGGUAGAUGAAGUACUUUGCGGUGCUCUGUUAUAUAUCGUGCAAUUUAUUUUAUAUAGUAAGGUGAUUAUGUCUAGUACUGUGAUCAAACUUAACUGUUAAAGCCUCUGUAUCCGACAUUAACACACUCUUGACAGUUCAUAACAGGUACAUAAACAGAAAUGAGCUCUUAGUUACAAUCUCUCUCCUAAUGCUUGCACCAGUUACGUAGUUGCAGACUUUGUCCAGAAAACCAAAGAGCUCAUACUAGCAUACAUACACUACCAAUUAGAUAGUCUGUCAACCUAAUGAACUAGGCACAUUUAAGAAAGUUAGAAAAAGAAGUGGUGCUAAAGAAAUGUCUGCAUAUAAAAGUAACAUGAGAUGUCUGCUCUGUGGAUGUGGCGUUAUCUCUCUAAUCCCUGGAUGUAUCCUGUGAAGCUUGAACACAAUUAAGACCUGCUAACACAGUGGACAUUUUUUUAGCAUGAACUAUGGGGCUGCAGAUAGCAUAUAAAUAUAAACACACUUGGUAUACUAAUGAUUGUGAGAAUGUGUACACUAUUUUUUUUCUUUUUUUUCCUUUGUUUUUGCAGUUCUGGGGACAAUCUGACUGGAUAUGACACCGCAUAGUAGAUUUAAAUGUUCUGGGUUUUGUUUGUCGUGAUGUCCUCGUUUGUGUCUAAUUUAGUAAGCUGUUUUUCCCAGUGUUUAGUUGCAAGUAUUGGCUUUGAAAGGAACUUUUCUGUUUUUGAAGAAAAAAAAGAAAAAAUAGUUUUUUACUGGUUUAAAAUGCUAAUUAUAAUUAUCCCUUUUGAGGUUACUUCUGGGCAUUUUUGUGAUAUUGCUUUUCCCAGCCCAGGUGUCUUUUCUGUUUUUUUUUCAUCUGUACAAGACAUUUUGUUAUGCACUACUUUUUGUAUCUAGACAGUUUUCAACAGUUGGCUGAUGAUUUUUUUUAAAGAAAAAGGCAUGCUUUCUGACUGACAUGAUCUUUUGCAAUACCUCAAUUUUGAAAUAUAGGAAAGAAAAUGAUAUUUUCUAAGUAAGUUUAUUCAGAAAAAUAUAUAU